AGCACACUGCUUUGUAAUAUGCAACUGGAGAUGCUUACCUAAACGUUCACAGGGAAACACUUGCAUCUUUUAGUUGGAUGUUUGAUCAAAACAAAGACAAAUACUCCGUUUACAGCAUUUCAGAUGCUCUUCUGGGAAAACAUCUAUGUGGAUGCAGAAACGCUUUGCCCAGCCUUGAAGUCCAGGUUGCUCUUAGGUGGUUUUCAUCCCUGAAGACCUUGCAUUGUACAGAACUCCGUAUUGCAGUGCCCCAUCAGAAAACGUCUUCAGAAGAAGCCUUUGGACUUCACCUUCAGAAAGGCAGAUUUCCACUUUAGAGUUCAUGUCCUCCUCCUUCCCGUGAAAAUAAUAUGAACCAGAAGGUGUUAAUUUUCCUUCUCCCAAAUUUUAUUUUUGGGAUAUUUCUUUUUGGCUUUUUUUGUAAGAGGCAAAAAAACCUAACAGGUGGUUUUCCUGAUCCCGCUGAAGACUGGCUGGCAAUUCAGAAUGAUCGCAAAAGCACACUGGCUUCUGUCUGUCUGAAGAACAGUCUCCUCAAAUUAAGAAGCAAAUUGGAUUCUCAGGUUGCAAGCCAGCUCUUUGUGGAGCACAGACAUAAAUUUAUCUACUGUGAGGUGCCCAAGGUAGGCUGCUCCAACUGGAAGAGAACUAUUUUUCUUCUCCAAGCAGACUUAAAUGCUGAAGCUUCUGAAAUUGAGCAUGACCACAUCCACCAAACCUCGGUGAUCAAGAGGCUGGUGGCUUACCCUCCUGCCAUGCAAAAACAAUUUCUGAACAAUUACACCAAAGUGAUGUUCACCAGACAUCCCUUUGAACGGCUGGUUUCAGCUUACAGAGACAAACUUCUGCACUCUGAGCCAUUCUACAGUGGCACUGUUGCUGAUGAGAUUAAGGCAAUGUUCAGGAAAAACAAAAAUUCGUCUGGAAAAGUGAGUUUCCAGGAGUUUGUCAAUUUCAUUGUAGCAAAACCACCAAAUAGUCUUGACAUUCACUGGAAACCGAUGUUUCUGCUCUGUGAUCCUUGCAACAUUCACUAUGAUAUUCUGGGUAAGUACGAAACUCUUAGGUUAGAUUCUGAGCAUGUUCUGGAGGCCAUUGGAGCACCAAAGAGCCUGCACUUCCCCGACUUGAAGAGGUAUGGCUCGGAGAAACGAACUAAUGGUGAUAUCACUUUGGAGUACCUCAGACAGUUGAACUCAGAACAAAUUGAGAAGAUCAAAAAAUUGUAUCAAAUGGAUUUUUUCUUAUUCAACUAUACUAUGGAAUAUGAGGAUUAUUUUUCCCUGAAUGACUAACGUAGGUUAAACAAAGAACAGUUUGUUUUGUACAAAAUGGGCUGAACCUGUCCUCACAGUGCUUGAUAGGUGGGUUGUUGACUGACUGCUGCUGAGAUUCUGCUGGUGGUUGGAGACAUGGUUAAUCAUCCUAAGCACUCUUAUAACAAAUCUCUGCCAUGAUCUGUUGUACUGUACAGUACUUUACCUAUAUGAAAUGAUUGUCUUCUGGUUGAUCGUUAAUGGCAUAUGUUUGUUUUGUGAAGAUUGUUUAUAAAUAAUAGAUCUUGUCUGUUGGUAAAAGGUAGGGGAAGGAUGGAGAAUGUUGCUUUUCACAAUGAAUAUUUUUAGGACAUAAUGUUUUUUUACAUUAAGGACUUUAACUUUUUAUUAGAAAAAGACAUAAGAAGCAAUAAGUUACCUGCUUUAGAGUCAAACCACUCUUUGUCUGCAAGAGCCUCAAUCAUGAAUCCUGUAGAAAAGAAGCAAAUAACUUCAGAUGCUUGAAGCUGUGUUGCACGGAACUUAAUGCCUGAUUAUAUUCUCUUUUAGCAGUGCUGUCACCACAGCCCACCAGCCUUAUCCCUCAAGCAGCUUAGUUGGCAGCAAUCCAGCCAAGGUUUCCCUUAUAUCUCUUUAAAAUCUUCUGAUGAGCAGCAAGUCUGGUGUUCCUGGUGACUUUACAAACUCUUUUCACCACCUUUGUGAGCAUUAUGGUCGGAUUUAAGGGGGAGGGCCUGAAAAAUGUAUCUUUUUUUGAGAGAAGUAGUUAGAGGUACCCUCUAAACUGUACAACUGAGGUGUUGCAGGAUCUAAACCUUCAGUGGAAAGGUGACUCUUCUCUGUCCUCCAAAAGCACUUACCACCCAGUCAGCUGACGGGGCAGUCAGCACAGGCAGGACAGUGUUUGGGCUUUCCCAAUUUGUGCCUGCUGGAGCCCAUGAGCCCUCGGGACCUGCCUGAACAUGGCACUUAGGUGUAGCUGGGUAACUUCAGGUACUACAUUUGUUCUGCCUGCUGCUUUCUCACCUCACAGGAGAUUGAGUGCAAAGAAAUUGGUUGUAGAAUGAUGGUGAGGGGAGCAAUGAAGCAUGUGCGAGAAGCAACUCAAGUCAUUAUCCACUUCCUAGGUGGCUUUGCUUUUAGAUCUAUAACUGCUAUUAUAUUGAGACUUGCUCCAUUUUUUGAAAAUCUAUUGCCUAGUCGCACUGGAAAUUAAUUUGUGAUCAUAUUAAUCGUAGCAAGUUUUAGAAACUGAGUAUUAGCACCACCUUUAGGGGAUGUCGCUCUCUCAGGAGCUAACUUGAAAAUGUCUCAAAUCACUUAGUUCCUAUCAGCUAUAUCUGCAAAUGUGCAAAGGCUGGCAGGCAAGUCCUGGAUCCAGACUUGGCUCACAGCUUCUAAUUACAUAGAAAAUGACAGGGACAAAAUAACUUAAUCACACUGCAGCCACCAAUCUGUACAGCCUUUGCUGCCAGCAGCAUGGCCAAGGGAGAAGGAAAAGAAGGCUGGUAAAAACGGAUGCAAUGGGAUUUGGGUCAUGAGGUUUGUGAAGAGAGCUUCCAAUGCAGGGUGGUCUACCUCAGUGGGAAGAUGCAGUGAUAUAUUGAACAUCAGCUGGAGACACUGAUGGGACCACAGUGUCAGGAGGAGGCAGAGGAAGAAGCUCGCUACAUCCCUCCUUGAUGGCAGAUGGCACACAAAGCCAGGACUACAGUUCGGUACAUCUGGCAGCUCUUGCAUGGCUGACUCUUCCGUAAAUGGGGCAGCUUUGGCACAGGGAGAGAUCCAAAUUGAGAAGGCCAAGCAAGAACAGCAAAACAGGGGUUUUUUUUGUUUAAAAUAGCUUGUGAUUUUAUGUGGAGUGAUUCAUGGUUCUGGAUCUCACCUUUACCACCACCAUAUUUGGUGUCGCCACAGUCCUGCUAUCCCCUGAUACUGGACUGCUCAUGCUGCCCUGGCAACCCUGUAAUUCAUGUGGAUUUCUUUUACUUUUGAAUUGUGCUGAGGCAGAGGAAGCUGGAAAUGACUCCUGUCAGGAGGCUUCCAUCACGUGGCUAUGCAGAGGGCUGCAGUCUCUCUCUCUCCCCCCCUCUCCCCUGAAUCAGAGCCAUCUCCAGCUACCUGCUCCUACUUUCUUUGUCAGAUCAUGCAGAGGAAGAGGGGAAUAAGAUUUGCUUCAUAACUUGCUUCUACAUGACAGAUCCCUCCAGAGCUAUAAGUAUAUCUAAAGCUGUAAGUAUAUCUAAAGACACUUUAAUUUUCUGGCACCAACAGCCAGCCUAGGAAAACUCUGAAGAAAUGAUACUGACAGUUUGAUAAGUGUCUUUCUUAUCAGCACUUAAGUAGUUAACACUCCCCUCCAGUUUCUUGCUGUUAGAUGCGAGUUGCUUUCUAUUCUUAAUUCCUCUUUCACACAGGAUCUCAUAUUCUUCCUACAGUGCUGACAGAAAACGGAUGGCUAAUUCAUUCAUCACAAGCACUAGGCAGUAACAGAGGCUAUCUACUGGUGCAGAAAAAUCUCUUAACUAUUCACAGUGGACUUUCAGAUUUGACAUUUGCCUAUAGGAAACUGUAAGUAGCACAUUGCCUGGAACCACUGGCUGCUGUAAUGCUGUUAACUGGUUUGGAUCUCAACAAAAGAAACCUGCAGAAGAUGUGUGUGCAUGUGUGCACAUAUAACAGCAGUUUUAGGAAGCAGUGUGAUAAAAGUUGUGCAUUACCAGUGCUAACAAAAUGAGCAUAACAGGCUGAUAUCUGUUGGAAAACAGAAAAAAAUGGACAUUACCUCAUAAAGGAUAUUGUAGCAUUCCCAUGUAGGCAUCUUUUAAUGCUCAACCCAAUUUACUGCAUUUCCAUUUCUGUGAGCUUGAGAAUACUUCCUCACAUCCCCCACCCAAGAGCUGCUGUGCUGUGGUGCAGGAGUAUGUAAGAGCUCUGCAAUAUGCCUCAGAGUUAAUGAAAACAAUGGCCACUUGCUGUAUGUUGUAAAAAGCUUUCACAGCUUGUGAAGAUGGGCACGGAAGUUCAGGCUGAGCUGAAAACAUGCAUCUGCAGGAGAAAAUUGCGAGGUCUUUAGUAAUUGCAUUGAGUUGGUUGUAUUUUUUAAUGAUAGCUGUCAAGUGCUUGUGGAAAACUGUGGUUUAUAAUAUUUCCUAAUGUGUGAGCAAUAGAGCAGAGUGGGGACUGUAGCACCUUAUUUAUUUCCCAGGUGAACCCCAAGACUCAUUCCACUGGACAGCAUAGUAAGUUUGCUGAUGAAAGGGCUUACUGUUUUUUCAUUCUUGAUAUUGUAAUGUAAUAAAAGUUGAUGAAGACUCUGGAACUUGUCCUACAGCCCGCAAGAGCUGCAAGACACCUGUAAACUUUAUCUCUCUUCAUGUCUCUUCAUGUCCUGGGAGAGAGCUCUCCUGUACAGCCUUCCCUACAAGUGUACUGUGUAAAACAAAGGCUCUAAGCUGAGCCGGCAUCCUUCCUGUCUUUGCCUAAAGAACCCUCAUUGGAGCUUCUUUCCUUUGGAUGCUGACUCUGGGUGAUGUUUUCGUGGGAGGGUGGGUGCUUGCAGUUGGGAGUGGGGGUGGAGGGCUGUGGUGGGGCUUGGGGCUCAGGUUCUGUGGUGGAUUCAAAGGGGUAGCAGGUGCUAUAUCUAAUCUUCUGGUUUAAUGGUAUAUGCCUGUGAUAUGGCCAUUGCUAUGUUUUGUUUCUAAUUACCUUAAUAAACCAUAGUGAGUUAACACAUUAA